UCAUCCUGAGUUGCUCACUCGUCGUCAGCCUGUUGCUUUGGUCGCUGCAAACAGCGGCAUUUCGCCUGAAUCAUAUUCGAACGCAACGGAAACAAAGUAACGUAAACACUUAACGUCCCGUGUAGUUCUGUAAAGUGGUAAAUUCUGUUUUGGUGGUAAAUUCGGCAGGCAGAAAAACACUGGCCAUUUCAAAUUUAAAUUGAUUGGGAACGUGCCUCGUUAAUUUCAAUUAGCCGUGCGAGUGUGGGAAUUUCUAGCAGCGUUCAACGCGUAUAAGUGAAGUGUGCGGUUUAUUGAAUUUAAAAAAAAGAAUCUAAAAAAUAACAAUAAUAACAUAAUAAGCUUGGUUGGCAUCGCUGUGAAAUUUGUAACACGCCACAUUACCAACACUCCACUUCGCUUGUCUUCAACAAAUUACUUGAAUUAAUAUCCUAACUGAGCUUAAGUAAAUAGCGUUUGUGUUGACAAGUGGAAUUCGCUUAGAAACUGCUGCUCCCUCAAAAGCGCCACAUUCCUGAACAAAUAAUUUACUUUUUGGAUUAACAGCCACAGCAACGAAACGCGAACUAUGAAAGCUGCUACUAGACUUUGCCCCAUCAUAGUUCUGAUUUGCGCAGCGCGGCUCGUGUGUACGGCUCAACAACGGUACCACCACAGCAGUAUUGUCGGGUACCCUCUCGACUACGCGGACGUCAAGUUAAUACAGAAAGAUUUCUCGCUGGAUAAACGGAACAAACCAUCACUGUCAAUCGUGAAUCCUUUGGAUGUGCUACGGCAACGUUUGUUACUAGAGAUUGCUCGAAGGCAAAUGAAGGAGAAUACAAGACAGGUAGAAUUGAAUCGUGCCAUAUUGAAGAACGUCGGUAAACGUAUGCUGGACAAUGAUGGUGACUCCAGCUACAAACUUCCAUUGCAAGUACAACAACAAUUUGAAUAUUCCCUCAAGCACGUCCCUUAUCCUCAGCAAAUGUACACGUACCGCGCUCCCCAAUAUGACCAACAAUCGCAACUCCAACUGCAACCUUUGUGGCAGCCACACUACACUAAUCAAUUGGAGUACACACCAGAUGUAUCCAUAUAUGACUACCUACAUGAACCCGCUCACAUAUACAAUACCGUUCUGGGCGAAACUGAAAGCAAAGGCAACCUGGAUGGACAGACGACUUCUUGGUACAUCGAUGCACUUGAAAAUGGUGCCGAAGAAGGUGACGCAAAUACCAAGGGAAAUGAAUUCACUUCGGAACGACGAAUUCAAGACAAGGGAACAGGUGGCGAUAGCAGUAGUGCCAAUGUCGACUCAUUCUCUAGCGGAGGGACGCUGAACAAAAAUGUGUCCAACAAAGUGCAUUUGGCUGCACUUGAAAACAAUGUACUAGCAAAUGGCGCUGAUAAGGAGAGAAAUGUUGACAACGCAGAUUACCACUUGCGGUACUUUUAUGGAGUGCCCAAAAUGCACCACAACAUGAAAAAGUAAGCUGUAGUCACGCUCUCAAGUACAACCACACACUCAUGAACAUCGCAAACAUUAUUUGAAGCUAUUCAGUCCAAGAACAUUUCUUUUAACACCAAUUAACCAAAUAUACUCUUAAAUGUUUGAAAAGGCAGAGCUUUUCAUUCAAUUAGCUUUGCUCUGCUUACUUUUACUUAGGAGAUAUUCAAAAGUUUAGAUGCUUAAGUUAAUGGCAUAUAUGACAUAUAUGAUAUAGUAUUUAUAUUCAAAUAAAUAUUUUAGAAAAACUGUUGUAAUUUCUAUGUGACUUAAUGUUGUUGUCACAUUGUAAUUGAACUAAAUAUGAUAAAAUCGUGUUUAGUUUUAAAUAUAAUGUUUUUAGAAAUGCAUUAAAUGUAAAUGUUAUAUGUAAUAUGUACUUAAUAGCUCGCGUAUAUUACUUUCGAGGGAUAAACUCCACAUUCGCCUGUUGGUAUAUAAAAAUUUAAGCGCACCAUGGUCAUUUUAUUUAUUAUAAAACAAUGCAAUAAAAAUAUGUUGUUGUUUUGAGGAAAAUUUAGUGGCACUCGCGUGGAAAGAAGUCAAUGAUUAUGCCUGAAUAAAGUUCACUUGGUGCAAUUAUUCACAGUUAAGGAAGUGAGAAUGUAUGGCACAACCUUUGUCAUUCACAAAAGAUUAUAUAUUAUUAUAUAUACCUUUUUUUUAAACAAAUAUACUGAACAUCAAAUAACAUCGAGUUUUUUCUUCAAAUAUUUAAUUAUUGGGUUUUGUAAAGAAAUGCUUCUAAGUAUGCUCAAACUGUAGUUGUAUUCAGAUUCUUAAAUUAUACACGGUUUCGAGUUCAGGGAUGUCCCAAUUUACGCCAAAAUCAAGAAUUUUUAUUCAGAUUAUCUAAAUGACCAAGGCUGAAGUGCAAACGCGCGUUUAAACAUAUAAUGCGAAAUUACGUCAUAAGGAAGCUUAACGAAUGUCAGAAAUCACACAUUUAACAUCGCAUCGCCUCACCAUUCGAAAAUGAAGUUCAUAAUCAUGGAAAAACAGAUGAGUAAAGGUCGAGUUUAACCAUGUGUAUCUGAAUCCCAAAGUUGUAAUCAUUCUAAGAGCUUUCUCAGAACUGUUAUACUAUAUUAAAAGCAUACGUUAAUGUUGUUGUUCACUAAACCAAGUUUUGUAUGUUAUCGUUGAAAACAUAUUAUGACGGAUCUAAGACACAAUUGAUUUCAUUGGCAUUCAAAGUUUUCAAAUCGACAACUUCCGCGGGCGGAAACGAUUUUUGAAUAACACAUUUAAUGCUUAUGUACAUGCUAUCUUUCUUUGGCAAAACCUGCUUUAAAGAAAACUAAUCAAUAAUACAGGAUUGUUAUAAGUAGUUAAUUAAAUCCUAUACAAAAAAAAAA